UCCGGCGCUGAGGGGCUGUUUGAGUUGGAAGAAGAAGGCGGGAAUCGAAUCUUCUUCCAGCCCACUGCCCAUUCUCGCCUUCUGGCGGCUUCGGACAGCAGCUCAGUUCAGUGGAACCAUCGUCAUGCUCCAAGGCGGUCUCUGAUCGUCCCCACGUGGGGACGCGGGGGCUUCCAAAUGGGGGACGAGGGGACAGACGGCACCGUCCAUCUGUUGUGCCUCGCCGCCUCCAGCGGGGUCCCCCUAUUCUGCAGGAGCAGCCGCAGCGGCGCCCCCGCCCGCCAGCAGCUCCCGUUCUCUGUCAUCGGCUCUCUCAAUGGAGUCCACAUGUUUGGGCAGAAUCUCGAGGUGCAGCUGAGCUCUGCAAGGACGGAGGACACGACCGUGGUGUGGAAAAGCUUCCAUGACAGCAUCACUCUCAUUGUCCUGUCAUCUGAGGAGGGCACCUCGGAGCUGAGGCUGGAGAGACUACUCCAGAUGGUGUUUGGGGCCAUGGUUCUUCUCGUGGGACUUGAAGAACUGACCAAUAUCCGCAACGUAGAGAGACUGAAGAAAGAGUUGAGGGUGAGGCUUCAGACCAACCUUUCCCAAGAGAGUGAGCAUGUUCCCUGGGCAAGCUCUGAAGGCACUGCCCUUUCCCCUCCCACCUCCCUUACCCAGGAAGCCCUCUCUGGCUUCGGAGAGGCAGCCGGCACGGCCUUCGUCAGCCUGGUGGUAUCGGGCCGGGUGGUGGCAGCAACAGAAAGCUGGUGGCGGCUGGGGACGCCGGAGGCCGUGCUGCUCCCCUGGCUGGUGGGGUCCCUGCCGCCUCAGGCCGCUCGUGACUACCCGGUGUACCUGCCCCACGGGAGCCCCACGGUACCACACCGGCUGCUCACCCUGACACUGCUGCCAGGCCUGGAGCUGUGUCUGCUGUGUGGACCGCGCCCUCCCCUCAGCCAGCUGGACCCACAGCUUCUGGACCGCUGCUGGCAGCCCCUGCUGGACCCGCUGCGCGCCUGCCUGCCCCUGGGACCCCGAGCGCUGCCCGCAGGCUUCCCCCUCCACGAGGACAUCCUCGGGCUGCUGCUGCUGCACUUGGAGCUGAAGCGCUGCCUCUUCACUGUGGAGCCCGCGCGGGACAGAGAGCCUUCCCCCCAGCAGCGGCGGCGUCUCCUCCGCUCCUUCUACACCCUGGUCACCGCCACGCACUUUCCACCAGAGCCAGGGCCACCAGAGGAGAAGGCGGAGGACGCUGCCUGCCAGCCUCACGUGCCCCGAGCCUGCUACCUGGCGUCAGGGACAGAGGAACCAGGCCGGGGGUGGCGGCUGGUGGCGCUGCAGCUGGGGCCGCGGCGGCUGCUGCUGCUGCUGUCUGCGCAGAGCCCCAUCCACGGGCUUCGGGGCCUGGCCACCCGCACGCUGCACGCCCUCACGCCUCUCCUCUGACACGCGGCGGACACGGCCUUAGCGUCUCUGUUUAUUCGCUCACAAUAAUACAAGACCCCUGGACGGGGAGGAGGCGGAGGGGCUAC